GACGAGAUUGGAUCAAUGGGGAAAAGCAAUAGCAGCAGAGAUUGGGCUCAUAUCUAUGCCAUUUACGGCAUGAACCAAUGGCAAACCCUUGUUUUCCUCUUAUGUCGCGCUGUUUUUUUCUCCCUGUUUUCCUUCGUCUUUCUUUUCUACUUCCACCCUAUCUUCCACUUCUUCCAAACCUCGAUUUCAGCUGUCUGCUUGUUCCUCGCGGCGGUAAACUUUUUUUACUCCGCCGGGCCUUUGCAUUACGAGAUGGCGCAGCGGAUUGUGGGGUCGGUUUACGAUUGGUCGACCGUGAAGCUGGCGCUUGAUGUCGGUUGCGGCAGAGGGAUUCUUCUCAAAUCGGUGGCGACUCAGCUUAAAAAGACCGGGAGUUCGGGUCGGGUCGUUGGGUUGGAUCGUUCUAAACGGACUACUUUGUCCAUGCUCCAAACUGCGAACAUUGAAGGCGUGGGGGAGUACGUAACGUGCAAAGAAGGUGAUGUGAGGAGUCUCCCGUUCCAGAAUAACUAUUUCGACGUGGUGCUUUCGGCCGUGUUCGUCCACACGGUGGGAAAAGAAUACGGCCAGCGAACGGUGGAGGCGGCGACGGAGAGAGUGAGGGUGUUGGGGGAGAUGGUCAGGGUGUUAAAGCCCGGCGGCGUGGGCGUCGAUUGGGACCUCCUCCACGUUCCGGAAUACGUGCGGCGGUUGCAGGAAUUAAAGAUAGAGGAUAUUAGAGUCUCCGAGAGUGUAACCGCCUUUAUGGUUAGCAGCCACAUGGUAUCCUUUAGGAAGCCUAAUCAGCAUAUUGUGGGUCCCGGGGAUGUCCGGUUGGACUGGCAGUGCUGAUCUGGAAAUAAAAGUAUACG